AUGACGCCUGUGCCGGAGGGGCGCGGUGGGCUGCCCAUCGUGUGGCAGCUGCGCGACCGGUGUGUCCUGCUCGUUGGCGGCGGCGAGGUCGCGGCCAGCCGCGUUGUGCAUCUUGCCGCGGCGGGCGCACACAUCACCGUCCUCGCGCCUGCCGACGGGCUGCACCCUGAUGUGCGUGCGUGGGUCGACGACGGCACGAUCCAUGCCUACGUCGACGACGUGUACCGCGAUCCGACGCAGCUCGUGCGUGCUGCGGGGCAAGACUACGAUAUGAUCCUUACCGCCAUUGACGACGCCGCGCGCAGCCGUGAGGUGUGCGAAUGGAGCCGCGCGCGUCGCAUCCCUGUGAAUGUGGCGGACGUGCCGGACGAGUGCGACUUUUACUUUGGGUCCAUGAUUCGCCGUGGGCCCCUGCAGGUGAUGGUCUCGACGAAUGGGCGCGGGCCGCGCCUCGCACGCAUCCUGCGGCAGCGGAUCGAGGCGGCGAUCCCCGCGUGCGCUGGCGAGGCCAUCUUGCGUGUCGGCCUUCUGCGCGCCAAGCUGCGAGCGUACGCACCGGAGCCGGGUCUGGCGUCCGAGCGCAUGGCGUGGAUGUCGCGUGUGUGUGAUGCCGUUCCAAUUGACGCACUCGCGCUUGGCCCACACGCACGGUGCCUCGCGCUCCACGGCGCUGGCGCGCAUGGGCCCCGGUGA